AUGCCCAUCAUGAAGGGUGGCGGCGGAUUCAGCAUCGGAGGAGCCAUGGGCACUCCAAACGCCCCACCGCCCAUCACUCCGCCGACGGCCAUGAUCGGCUGCCCGUUGUGGCCCCUGGGCGGCGAGCAAUCGCUGCACAUGCCGGCGUUCUGCGCAAGAGCUGCCGUGGGGAGCAACAGAAGAAUGAGUGUACACAUUUCGAGUGUAGCAACUGUUGAUGGCAUGAAGCAGGGUUUGGUCCGGAUAUGCGAUAGUCGAAAAGAGUUCCGCAAAAGAGCAUUCAACAGGGCGUAA